GGUAUGGCGGACGGGACGCGCUCUCUGCGCGGCGGCAGCCCGGCCUCCAGCCCGCUUCUGGGCGGACGGGGCCGCGGCGCUGCAGCGGCGGGAGGAGGGAGCAGUCCGCCGGGCCACGGCUUCCACAGGGUGACCCUCACCAAGCCCACCUUCUGCCACUACUGCACCGACUUCAUUUGGGGGCUGGCCGGCUACCAGUGUGAGGUUUGCAACUUCAUGUCUCAUGAAAAGUGCCUCAAGAAUGUCAAGAUACCAUGCUCAUGUAUUGCUGCCAGUCUUGUAAGGGUUCCAGUUGCACACUGUUUUGGGCCUCCAGGAUGUUACAAAAGGAAGUUUUGCACUGUAUGCAGAAAGUCACUAGAGUCACUUGCCUUUCGAUGUGAAGUUUGUGAACUACAUGUGCACACAGACUGUAUCCUGUUUGCUUGCAGUGACUGCCGGCAGUGUCACCAGGAUGGGCACCAGGACCACGAUACGUACCACCACCACUGGAGGGAGGGAAACCUUUCUUCAAGUGCUCGUUGUGAAGUUUGCAAAAAAACCUGUGGCUCUUCUGAGGUGCUCUCUGGCAUGAGAUGUGAAUGGUGUGGCAUCUUGGCUCAUGCUGCUUGCUACAUAAUUGUCCCACCAGAAUGUACUUUUGGAAGAUUAAGGAACAUGAUCCUUCCUCCAAGCUGUGUCCAGUUAUUUUCUCGCAACUUCAGCAAGCUGCAUUGUUUCAGAAUAUCUGAAAAUCUGCAAACAGAAACAGAUGAAGAUGAUGAUGUCGAUGGGUCACCACAGGGAUCAGCAAAAGAUGUCCAAAUUUCAGCAGAUUCAAGUACAUUUAAAUUAAAAGAGUCAACCUCAAAGCUUGUGAUGAAGAAACAGUUCAGUGAGUUAAAAGCAGGUAAGCAAACAUUGAAGAUAUUUGAUGGAAAUGAUGCAGUGAAACGCAACCAAUUUAGACUGAUUUCGGUUCCAAGGAUUGCAAAAAAUGAAGAAGUUGUGGAGGCUGCUUUAAGGGCAUACUACAUAAAUGAUGAUCAGCAGGAGUAUGAACUUCAGACCUUCACACAGCAGGCGCUACUGUCUGAUGAUGUCAUCAACAGGAAUGAUGCCUCAGAGGACAGCAACCUGGGCUCGGUGUUCCGAGAAUCCAUUCCUGAAGCUUGGAUCAUUAGAGCCAAACCAAAGGAUGAGGAAGUCAUCAGAAUUUAUCCUGCCUGGUUGAAGGUGGGCAUGGCCUAUGUUUCUCUACGAGUAAAUAAGGACAGCACCACACAGACUGUGAUCAAGGAAGUGCUUCCAUUACUUGGAAGGCAGACAGAGUGCCUCCAGAAUUUCAAACUGGUGGAAGUGCUGAUGGGCAGUAAGCAAGUUCAGCGCAUGGUCUUGGACAACCAGGAACUUAUUCUUAACAGGCUUAAGGACAUCAGAAAGACUUCAAUACGUCAGAUGAACCAAACGAGGUUUUACAUUGUGGAAAACAGCAAAUCUGUUGUGCAAGUCAGUUUGUUUGUGGGUGGCCUUCCACCUCAGCUUUCCCCUGAAGAAUACACAAAUAUCCUCAAGGAAGAAUUAGCUAUUAAAACAAAUGUAGUGUCUGUGAGUCAUGUUUAUCAAGCACAAGGUGCUGUGGUACUCGAAAUUUCAUGCUUUUCUGAAGCUGAAAGGAUCUAUAUGCUAGUUAAAGAUACAACUGUCAAUGACAAGCCUCUGAAUGCUGUGGUGAUUCCUGAAGUUGUGGCUUCCAAGAUACCACAGAACUGCUGCCCACUUCUGGUGUUUGUGAAUCCAAAAAGUGGUGGUUUAAAAGGUCGGGAUCUCUUGUACAGUUUCAGAAAGCUGCUAAACCCACACCAGGUCUUUGAACUUACCAAUGGUGGCCCACUGCCUGGGUUUCACACCUUCUCUAAGGUCCCCUCCUUCCGAGUGCUGGUGUGCGGUGGGGAUGGCACUGUCGGCUGGGUCCUGGGUGCGCUGGAGGAGAUCAGGCACAAGUUGGUGUGCUCAGAGCCCUCUGUUGCCAUCUUACCUUUAGGAACAGGUAAUGACUUAGGGAGGGUCUUGCGCUGGGGAGCUGGCUACAGUGGGGAGGACCCCUAUUCUAUUUUGAUAUCUGUGGAUGAGGCAGAUGAUGUCCUUAUGGAUCGCUGGACUAUCCUUCUGGAUGCAGAGGAGCCAGCUAAUGGCGCAGAGAAUGGCGUGGCAGAACCUGAGCCUCCAAAGAUUGUACAGAUGAACAAUUACUGUGGACUUGGCAUCGACGCAGAGUUGAGCUUGGACUUCCACCACGCUAGAGAGGAAGAACCAGGGAAAUUUAAUAGCAGGUUUCACAACAAAGGAGUUUACGUGAAAGUUGGGCUGCAGAAAAUAAGUCACACGAGAAAUCUUCACAAAGACAUAAAGCUUCAAGUGGACCAGCACGAGGUGGAGUUACCAAGUAUAGAAGGACUCAUUUUUAUUAAUAUCCCCAGCUGGGGCUCUGGAGCUGACCUCUGGGGGUCUGAGAGCGAUAACCGCUUUGAGAAACCACGCAUCGAUGACGGCCUGCUGGAGGUUGUUGGUGUGACUGGCGUCGUUCACAUGGGUCAAGUCCAAGGUGGGUUUCGGUCAGGAAUCCGCAUAGCCCAAGGCUCCUAUUUCCGUGUGACACUCCUAAAGGCCAUUCCAGUUCAAGUUGAUGGAGAGCCUUGGAUUCAGGCCCCUGGCCAGAUCAUCAUAUCUGCUGCAGGACCGAAGGUCCACAUGUUGAAAAAAUCCAAGCAGAAACAGAAAAAAACUGGAAGCCUGAAAGAGAUGAGAGUGGAUAGCAUGUCAGUCUCUGAAGGAGGGCGUUAGGUGGACACCUGUGCUGAAGAAGUGACGCAGCAAACGAAGAUGGUUCAGUAACACUGUGGUGCAAACAGCUGGUUGAAGAGGGUUGCUUAUGAGCGUGCCUUUCAUGACAUUUUGAUAGUACUGGGUUCUACUUUGUCUUUCAAAGAUAGUGCCUCAUUGUUACAAAUAACUAUUGUGUACCACUUGUCUCUUCUGAAAUGUUUACUUUGGGCUGCUUUUCCCAGUUUUUUUGGUGUUUUUUUUUGGGGGGGUGGUUUGUUGUUGGGUUUUUUUUGUGUACAGAGAAACUGAGGCCAAACAGAGAUUCCAAGAUGCUGAGGUUUCUCCAUCUGUCUUCACAAAGUCUAUUUCCCCUCCUCCCAGCUUUUGCUUAAAGAAAAAUCAUUCCAUAGAUAAAUUCUGAUGCGUUGUUCCAUAAAUUAAAAUGUGUUCCUUUGAAUUAAUGCUCGUGGUAGCCUCCCAACCAAAAAAAGGCAAAGACAGGAGCUGCUGAGAAUGCCUUGGAUCAGUCCAAAUAGCGCAGUUGAAACAGUACCCUAAAGAGAAAACCACGAAACACAGCAGAGAUGAUUUCUAUAAAAGGAGCCCCGUGUGCUGGGAGGAGAGAAAGUGCUAGAACAGUUGAGACAAAAUACUUCAGAGAGUUUAUUUCAGCAGCAUUUGGGCAGUAUGAAUGAAGGGGGAACAAGCUUGUGGAGCAAGUGUUCAGCUACAGCUUUUGUUUUUCCUAUAUUAUUCAGCCAAAGUCUGGUUUAAAAGGCAUUUUUAUUUCAGCAGCUACCACUCUGAAUGUAAAAAAAGGACAAAAAUAUCCAAGGCAGUAUUAGAUUAUAUUGGGGGUGUCUUUUUUUUUCCUGUCUUUGAAACCAUUAUCACUGCGACCAGACUUUUCUCCUUGUCUUGUGCUGUUUCGUUUUCAUUAAUUUGUCACAGCUGGACUGUUGCUUAGCAACAAGCUCAAAGACUAAAAGAAUCCUUGCUAAUGAAGGAAAAAGAAGUACCAUUUACUGUUCACUUCAGUAAACUGGCACAGUCACAUCUGUCAGAACUGCACUGCAGGACACCACAGCAUCACUGCGGAGCCUGUAGUGUGCCUGUAAUGUGCUGUAGGUAAUUGGGGAUAUGAGAGCUGUAAUGAAAACUCACUUAAUUGGUCAGUCCAUGGUGGGUGGUGUUAGCAGAUAUGGGCCCAGGGACACAAUAACAGGCUUUUCUCACCUGGGUGAGUGUGCACUCUUCAGAGGCUGCUUCUGUCAGCUGCUGUGACACUUCAGAUCACCUCUCUGUGCUUAUCCAUCUGCUGAAGAUGUGGGGAUCCGGUAUUUCUUUUGCUGCUUCCUGUGAGACACUUGGACAUGCUAGAGCAUGAGUGGGAAAUGUGCUUGUCCUGUCAUACACUACACAGAUCUGCUGUCCAUGCCUGUAGUCAUGUUGGUCUUCACUCAGUCUCUGUCAGUCUCAUCUCACCAUUGUUCUCCAGUGGCUGAGUCUUUCACUGCAGGUCAGCAUCAUACACAGGUGGUCCUCUGAGGCAGUUGUGGUGCAGGGGGCCUGCAUGGCUUGGCCAUGUGUGCAUCUGCUGCUUAGUUAUUCACUCUGUGCUGAUCAGAAAACACUUAGCAAGCUAGUGAGAGCUGGUGGUGUUCUUGAAUGGUGGUAACUAAUGCAGUAUUGGAUGGCAUGAAUUCCUUGCUCAAGCAGCAGCUUUAGGAUUGUUCCUCUUACCAUUAUGUCCAGAAGAACAUCUCCAACUGCUUCACAGAACUUCAGUGUAUUUUCAAAAGCCAUUUUGUGGAGCCAGUUACAUGCCGAGACAGUUCUAGAUGACUCUUGUUUUGAUAGGUCUGUAUGCUAAGAACUGUGCCAGCUUCAGCUACAUCUGAUCAUUAGCUGUGCUUUCUUCUUUCCAGUCAUGGUGCAGAUGAGGGUGUGGAUGUGGGUGCUGCAAAACAGUCAUCUCCAGCAACAGCAUGAUAUGGCUAAAGCUGUAAACAGAGACACAGCAACCAUGCAAUGUGGCAGCUGCCUGCAGCCUCUUCUUGUCCAGUGAUUCCAUAGUGUUCUAGCAGAGAUGUGUUUUGGAGGACUGACUCCUUCUUUGAAUGAACCCUGUGAUUGUUUAAUUUGUUAGUUUAGACAUGGUCUUCAGGUGCCACCCUGUAGACAAGAACUUACUGUUUAUUCCUCAUUCUGGGCAGGACAGUGUGUGGAUAGUAAAAUCCUCAUCUCCUUAUCAUUAACGUAUCUCUUCUUCAGAAUCCAGCAUGAAGGAUCAGCUGGAGCUCUUCUGGUGUCCUGUCAGCUGCAUUGCAAGUAAGAAUGAAAGAGUGUUGAAUGUCAGGGUUGAUUCUCUGAGGAUGAAGCUCACCAAUUAAGAGAGGAAAUCUGAAAAUAGAUUGCUGCUUAUAAUUGUCCAGAAAGCCAGAGAAAAGGCAUUGUGCCCUGAGGGUAGCAGAAGGAAUGCAUGGUCUUCUUUCCAAUUGCUGACUCACUAAUGGAAGGGAAAACUUGGCUUUUUUUGUUACAGACAACAUGUGUAAGCAUUCAGCUUGCUGGUACUGGCCAUCUUCUGCAGCCCAAGUAAACAAACCUGUCUCACUGUUUUUCCAGGCAUACAUAAUCCUGCAGCAUGCAGCUGACAGUGUUUUCACGAUCCUGGCUCAAUUCGGCUCUGGAUGUGUCUCUCCCUUUUGCUCAGCUCUAUUAUCUGAAAUAAUAAGAAACUCCCAAGUCACAGCAUUUUCAUCAAGUGGGCUCCUUACUGUGGCACAUUUUUAUGUAGGGAUUUUCCAUCCCUGCAACGCUGUACAGGCCUGUAGCUUAGUGUACAGGGUAGCUUAGUGAUAGCAAAGCAGCACAGCAGUGUGGAUGUGUUCCACUCACAGCUGUCAGAAAGGAUUCUGGUGGAGGAUAGGAAGGCUUUGAGGUUUCUUUUUUUAAUUUUCCUUGUGGGUUUUUUUUUUUGGUGUGUGUGUCCAGAAACACUCACAGUUUUGUUUGAGCAGAGGAGUGCCACACUGGAAUGAAAACAUACCUUAAGAAAAACACACUUGGUAUUUAAGUUCUCUGUGCACAAUAAAAUUAUGGUUUGUGUGUUUUGAAAACAAAACAGAUUCCUGGGCAGCUGUGAUAGGAAAGAUCCUGUAAAGCUUCUGAAAGGAGAACUUCAACUAUUUAGCCCCUCUGUGAAGUUAUUCCAGACUCAGGUACUGUGAAGGCCAAGUAUAUCAAGGGGUUUAUAAAAUGUUUGUUGUUUUUUUUCUUAAUGUGAUAGUUUUGUCACACACGGAACACCCAGUGUUUUCUUUCAUUGUAUUGAAGUCUUCCUUGAAGAGAGCAGACAACUCACAGAAUGUUAGAGGUUGGAAGAGACCUCCAUAGAUCAUUAAGUCCAACCCCCCAACAAAAGCAGGAUCACUCAGGGUAGUCUGCACAGGAAUGCAUCCAGAUGGGUUUUGAAAAUCUCCAGAGGAGACUCCACAACCUCUCUGGAAAGCCUGUUCGUGUGCUCUGUCACCCUCACUGUAAAGAAGUUUCUCCUCAUGUUGAGGUGAAACCUAUGGUCAAGUUUAUAUCCAUUGUUCCUUCUCUUUUCAGAAGUGCACAGUAAUAAGACAUUAGUCUCUUCCACUUGACGCCCACCCCUCAGAUAUUUUAUAGACACUAAUCAGACCCCCUCUUAGUCUUCUCAAGACUAAGCAGCCUCAGGUUCUCUCUCUCUUUGUAGGGGAGAUGCUCAAGUCCCCUGAUCAUCCUCAUGGCUCUUUGUUGAACCCUCUCUAGCUGGUCCCUGUCUCUCUUGAAAUGGGGAGCCCAAAGUUGGAUACAGUAUUCCAUGUGUGGUCUCACUAGGGGCAGAGCAAGAGAGGGAGAAAAAACUUAGACCUCCUGGCCACACUUUUCCUGAUGCAUCCCAAGAUGCCACUGGCCACAAGGGCACAUUGCUGUCCCAUGCAGAACUUGCUGUCCACCAGGACUCCCAGGUCUUUCUCCACAGAGCUGCUUUCCAGCAGCUGUACUGGUGCCUGUUUUUAUUCCUGCCCAGAUGCAGAACUCUGCACUUGUCCUUACUGAACUUCAUGUGGUUAGCUUCUCUCCAGUACUCAACCUGUCCAGAUCACAUUGGAUGGCUGCAGAACUUGACAGGUGUUGGCCAAGCCCCCCCCCACCCCAGUUUUGUGUCAUCAGUGAACUUGCUAAGGGUGCACUCAAUGCCCUCAUACAGAUUAAUCAUACAGAUCAUUGAUAAAGAUCUUGAACAAAACUGGGCCCGGUACUGAUCCCUGGGGAACACCACUGGCCACUUGACUCUGUGCCACUGAUGACAACCCUCUGAACUCUGUUGUCAAGACAGAUUUCAGUCCAUCUCACAGACCAGCUGUUUAUGCCACAUUUCCUGAGCUGUUCUGUGAGGAUGUUAUGGGAGACAGUAUCAAAAGCUUUGCCGAAGUCAAGGUAGAUCACAUCCACAGCUCUUCCUUCGUCUACCCAUUUGGUCAUGGUAUAGAAAGCUAUCAGAUUAGUCAAGCAAGAUCUUCCCUUGGUAAAUCCAUGUUGGCUGCUCCUGAUGACCCUCUUUUCUUCCAUGUGGUUAGAGAUGGCCUCCAGAAGGUGCUGCUCCAUCACCUUUCCAGGGAUGGCGGUGAGGCUGACUGGUCUGUAGUUGCCUGAGUCUUCCUUCUUGCCUUUUUGGAAGACUGGAGUGACGUUAGCUUUAUUCCAGUCAUCAGGCCCUCUCCUGCUCUCCAUGACUUUUCAAAUAUGAUAGAGAGAUGCUCAUCAGCAGUACCAGCAGCUCUUUCAGAACUUGUGGAUGCAACCCAUCAGGGCCCAUGGAUUUGUGUGUCUUCAAUUAGUACAAGAGAUCUCUAACCCAGUGCUGACUGACUAGUGGAGUGUCCUCUUCUGCUCCCUUGAUUCCUGAGGCUGAGGUUCCUGAGGGUACCUGAGGGUCUUAGGGGUAAAGAAGGCAUUCAGCAACUCUGCCAUCUCUGUGUCUAAGUUACCAUAUGCCCCACAUUGUUCAGUAGCAGACCCACCUUUUCUGUGCUCUUCUUUUGAUCAGUGAUGUAUUUGAAAAAGCUCUUCUUCUUUUCUUUCACCUCUGUGGCAAGACUCAGCCCCAAGAGGGCCUUGGCCUUUCUUGUCGGAUCUCUACAUUCUCUAGCAAUAUUUCUAUAAUCCUCCCAGCUGGCAUUUUUUCCUUUUUCAGUUUUCCUAAGAGUUCCCUGAUUUUCUUUAUAUAUAUAUAUAUAAUUAUUAUUUUUAGUUCUAGGUGGAUUGCAGAGCCUGACCUACUUGGAAAGCCUCCUAAGAUAACAAGGUCUUGCCAUCCAAUUUUCACAUCAUGUGGUCUCUAAAGGUUAGAAAGUUUUGUCCAGUGUUCAUAAUUAAUUUGGAAGCAGUAUCACAGAAUUCCAUCACUGGCCCAACACUGUCCUUGUAUUACUGGUCAACAGUGAAGUCAAUCUACCAAGACUAAAAAAAUAUUAUUUUAUUGCUUACUAUUUUUCUACUCUGUAGCAGUAACUUGAGAUGGGAUAAACAGAAAACAUUUUCAGCAAAGGCAUUUGGUCAGUUUGGCCCAUUCUAGCCAGGAGGAUGCCCCUCAUUAAUUCCUUGCAGUUAACACCAAAUGUCUUGCACUGAACACGGCAGGGCAUGUAAUUUGCAUGAUGGGGCAGGGACCUAGUAGGGGCAAUUAACGAGGUAGGAAUUAUAAAAUAUGUAGUUAUUUUUAUUUCCAGAAAGCCCCACCCACAACUAUACACAAAUUAGUUAAAUCUAGGUUCUGAUUCGGUCAGGAAAAUCUUCACAAGGAUGCUUAUUGGCAAUUCAUUCAUUUAGGAGUACUAGAAAAUUGGAAAAGUUUAGCCACAAAAUGGCUUUGCCCCACUUACAAAUAGACAGCCUGAAGCUCUGGGAAAAAUCUGUUCUACUCACUGCAGCAGAGUAGAAAUUUUGAGAUAGUCACUGGCUCUUUUGUGGCAGUGUUGGAACUGCUCAGCAUCUUGGUAGCUGUUGAGAGGCUUCUAGAUCUUCCGAGGCUCUAGCAGGGUGCUGGGGAGGAGGCAGAUGAUCUCUGACCUGAUUCUAGUUCCUCUUGGCACAGGGGUUUGCAGAGGUGCAGGCAGGAUCUCUUGCAGAUGUGCAGAGAGCACAAUGUUGGUGGCACUUCACACCACAUUGUGAGGCACUUAAGUUUCCAGGUAGUUCAAGCCAAAAACAUCAGCUGGUCUGAAGCUUGAGGGAGAACAGAACAUGUUGUCCAAGCUGAGAGCAGUGAGGCAGAGCAGCACACAGUGGGGCAGAGGCAGCUCAACAAGGCAGAGGCAACACAACUGUUUGCAACUUAGCUCAAUUUAUCUUAUUUGCCCGAGUGCAAUGGCUCCUUUGGCCACAGAUUCACCAAUCAGAAUGGCAUUUGCAAAACUGACCACAUUAAGUGAAAAGAGGGCUUGCUCACCCGUAUUUGGGCAAGACACCAACAAGUACCUAAACACCUGUGGGUACCUGUUUAUCACUUUGGGAGGGGACAUAAUGGCCUAAGCCUUUGUUUUCCCUCCACCCUUUCUUCCCCCAUCAGCAGAAGGGUGGGGCAAGCCAGGAUAUGUUUUAGGCCUAAUAACCUUCCAGGACAGGCAGAUAAAUGAUUCUCAAGUAACACUGCAAGGACCCAAUAAUCACACAGCCAAGUGCUUUAAAUAAUGCAGUAACACAAGUGUUGGGGAAGAGGUUUGAUUCUCUGAAGACAGGUGUUAAUCAGCUUCAGGGACACAGGACAGGAACGAUAAUGUGAGAGAGAGGGAAGAGGUGCAGGCUCACUGCUCUGCCUUUGUACCUUGCCUGUAAACCAAGACAGACACAGCUAGCACCUUUUCAGCUGAGACAUAUGCUCCUGACCUUUCACUAGUGUACUGCUAGGUUUUGCCAGCAUUCCAGGAGAGAGAAAGGUCCUGAAAACCACAGUGCAUUUCACAUGCUCUACUAUUGCAGGCUAGGGAAGGAGGUCAGUUGGUUAAACUUGUUUUGAUGGUAAACAUAUUACCUUGAGUUAGGAGCACUGACAUUGAAAAGCUCAUCCCUGAAGAUGCAGGUGCUGCUGUGUGAUGGUUUGGGUGUUCCCUGCCCCCCCACACUUUAGACAUCACCCAAGCUUGACUCAGCUGGCUCUGGAAAUAUGAAUGAAGCUUAUAUUUACAGCUAGCACAAUAUACAAGCAGAUAUUUACAGUAUAUACAGUUACAGACAGAAAUAUACAAGGUAAAAGGUAAUACAGAAACACAACUCCCCUCCCAGAAACCUGAGUCCCCAGGGGGGAUUCCCAACCACCCCUUCACCUUCCCCCUCCCCCUCUCAACCUUACCCCGGUCCCAAGGAAGAAUGGAGGUUUGGCCAGGGUGGUUAGGAAGCAAAGUGGAUUAGAAAAGAAACGGAGGGUGAGGUUAGAGAUGCAGCUCAGCCAGUUCCUCGGCAGCAGCGAGAGUGGUUAUCUAUGUUUUUAUUUCUUGUUCUUGUACGUCUCAGCAAGCCUAUGAGUCAAGUAUUGUUUUCCACCGCUGUUUUCCUCUCACAGCCUGUAACCUAGUUCUUCUCACCAGAACAUUCUAGCUAGCUUCCAACUAGCUCAUGCUGUGUAGAAAACUUGCUGCUUCUGGACGCAUUCCUAUAUGGACUACCCUAGAUGAUCCUGCUUUUGCCAGGGCAGUUGGACUUGAUGAUCUCUGGAGGUCCUCUAACAUUCUGUGAUUUUGUGAUUCUUCCUCAUGGCUUUUCCACUUGGCUUGUAUAGUUUAAAUGGGUGAUGUUCUCAUCGCAUUAGUUUUUAAACAAAACAAUAGUGUUUUGCCCAAACCUUUUUGUUUGGAUCUGUGUAUGUAUGUGUGUGUACAUGUGUCUAUAUGUAGGCUUUCAGAACAGGCUUUACUGUACUUCCUUUCACAGUGUCUAGUUGUACAGCAUUCUGAGAGCCCUUCCAGAUCUUCCACUCACCAGUUCUGGACAGGAGGCAGAGCUUGAUUUCUUACUGGUCCCACUAAGGCUCACAGCAUGUAUUUCUCAUGGACCAGUGCCUUACAACAAGACAUUAGAGCAAUACAGUGGAAGCAUAAUACUGUCUCUGCAGUGCACAGCUGGAGCUCUUCUUGCUCUUUCUGGAGCUUAAUCAAAUCUCUGUGCCUGAAAUCAGUGGCAAUGGCUAUGGCAGCAUUUAAAAAACCAAAAGCAGCUGUUAGCACAGUCUUCUGCAAGACUGAAGGAACAAAACUAAUUAAACUGAUACAGGUGAUUACUCAGUCUUUUCAGCUACCCCUUUAGAAGUGUUGUGCAAAUGAGAAAACAGUGUCCCCAUUUUGAGUAUCAGCAGUUUGGAAUUGUCAGGCAUUUGCACAUGAACAUUUGUCUGUUGGCAUAUAAAUCUGGCAUGAUCAAAUCUUGCAGGAGGAGAAGGUAAGGGAGGCUGUUGUGACACUUGAAAAGGACUUGGGUAGAAGACACAUCAGGUUCUGAACUGUAUUGAUAGUGUGAGGAGGUGUGACCCUGCUGCACAGCCACCAGCCCAUACUCCAGCAGUGACGCAAUGGUGGUUUACACUCCAAAGCCUUUGUAGUAGGUGUUCUUUCAGUCUGCACCUCAUAUCUCUUCCUUAAAACUUUCAGAGUAACUACAAAUUCUGCUUUUCUGCUCUUUGAGCCCAGCAUUUGGCCUGGAACUGGUGACAGAGGUCUGGGCAUGUGGUGGUGAGUGCCUGUGAGAAGCUGGGGAAUGGAGUUCCUGCUCUAAACUGCUGCUCUAGGUGUUUGGGCUUAGAUUAGUCAUUCAUUUCUACUUCAGCUUCUCUUCAGCCUUUUAACAGCUGUGCAGCAAAAACUCAGCAACUACUGAAGUACCUUGGAUUCGUGGUGGCAGCACUGCCUCGUUGUCAGGCCUGGAUAUUCUAUUCAGCAGUGCAUGUAUCCCUUCAUAUACUUUUUGCACUUAAGAGAAAAGGCAGGUUAGACAGGCUUAGAGUGUAACAAAAUUGCAAUGUUUGUACUUUUUCUGUUAUUAUGGGGAUGAUUCUACAGAUAAAAAGAUGCACUUUCAGGUAACAAUGAAAACAAGUUUGUAGAAUGCCAGCUGUUCAGGAAACGUCUCUUGACAGUAGCAUUCCUUGAUCCAUCCAUCUCUGAUACUGUGUUCGUCUUGAAAGCUCGGGAAUGAAAGAUAGUGUCUUCCUCCCAUCACAGUAUGUAUUUAUAGCUGACUGACAGAAAGUUCAUAUAUAUAUAUAUAUAUAUAUUUAAAUAAUUACAAAUUGGCUGCUAUUCUCAGAUUUAGAUUUAUUAGACUGAUUUUAUAAUGCAUAGAAGUAAAGUUUUAUUUAUAUUGUCAGCAUUUCCUGAUAUGACACUUGGCUUGUAGGCAAGAUCCAGCUCAAAGCCUUUGUUCCUAUUGCUAUUUAAUAUAUUUUUUUAUUUCUUCUUCUUUUUUCCUUGACAUUGUGUGUGUGGAGUGCAGUCAAAUGAAUUCAAAUCACUAACCUUAGCGUGCAGUUAGACCAGCAGUUUCAAUGUUUACAGGGCAAUGACUAUUGAUUGUAAAUCCAUACAUGUCAGUUGAAAGAGUGCAUUCUUUCCAUGUUUUGGAAGCCUUCUGCUUCCCAUGACAGUUAAUGAAAUUAAUGCCUUCUGGUUCAGAUUCCUGGUUAUGUCCCUUUGGAGUGAUUUAAAAGCAUAUUGUGGCUUUUUUUUGGUCUGCCACAGGCUCACAGGAUAGAAUUUCUACUAACACAAAGUGUUGAAUGCAUUUUCCAAAGGACUGGUCUAUUUUUUUGUGAAGGUGAUUUAUGAGAAUGUUUUAUAAGCAGAUCAGUGGUGUUGAGAAAAGUUGGUCUGAACCCUUUAAAUAAAUGUGUGCAGAUAUUAAAGACGUAUCCCAAAGCAAAGAGAUGUAUUUUUUAAUAGGGCACUGUUAGUGGUGUAGUUAUCCCUCUGAGCUCUUCUAGCAACACACCCAUUUAACCUGUCACUCUGCAUUGCUCAAGUGUGUUAUUUGGGAGACAAUGUCAGAUAUGGCUUCUUUUGUGUCAUGUGUAUCCUGUAUUACACCUCUGGCAGCAACUCCCAGUGCAAGCAUCAGCUGUAGAAGGCAGAACUUCUCCCCAGUACACACCACGGCAGGUCAAAAAGCAGAAAGCCUGCCCUUGUUGUGCUUUGACUGCAAGAGUGUCACAAGCCUAAUGACUGUUUGGCACUUGGGAGUUUUCCCUCACUGUCCACAGGGUGUGCCACUACCUUAGUCCUUUCUCUUCCUGAAGGCAGGCUGGCACACCCCCAGGUGUACCUGUGUCCAACAGUUAACACUUUGCCUCGCUGUGGCAUCCCUUUCUGUGUGCUGCUGAUCCUGCCAAAUUGGCUAGUAAGAGGUGCUUAAGUAAUUACUGAGUAUUUAUUGUGUAACUUUAGGUGCUUACAAAGCCUUCACUGCUAUUUUAAAGCAAAAAUUCUGGGGAUCUGUAGUAUAGCAAUAGCUGUAUAACUCCAGCUUUCUGAGCAUGUCAAAAGCAAGCUAUCCUUGGGUUAGUUCCACUAGCAAUGGUGUAGAGUAGCAUUCAGUACCAUGAAGCUGGAAGCUCUGGUUAUUGAAAGAGAGCAUCUCAGCUUUUAAUAAUUCACUAUAGACUUCACUGUCUCUCCCACUAGGGGAUCACCCUUGUCUUCGUAACUCUUCAACUAUAGUUUAACUUCUGUAACUCUUGUUUUUCACCUCUAGUUAUUUAAAUCACCCAACUACAAGCAGUUUUAUGAAUGCUAUUUUAAUAUCAAUAUACUCUUCAGAUACCUUGUCUUACAGCAUUUCUUGUGAAUGUCCUAAUCAUCUUGCUCCAACAAGCUAAGGCAAGCUUACCACUGAACUAGUUGCUUAUUCUUUGUGUAUCAAAUAAUUCUUAGAAGAAGAAGAAAAAGACUAAGCAGCCUAAGUAUAAGUGGUUGAAAACCCUUUCCACAUUGUGUGCCUCACACCAUUAAUGCAUUGUCAUACACAUUGAUUUGUAGAUUGGUCUCAGAAACAGGCUUUUGUUGUUUUUUUUUUUUAGGAUGUCACUUGUUUCUCAGUGUCUGCCUUGCAAAUCACUAAGCUGUGGUGAUUUUGAAUUAGUGUACUAAUUGGUUUUGGGGGGAAAAAUAAUUUAUAAAAGAUGGAAUGUUUCUCUUGUAUUUAAACCUCUGUUUGUCCUAGAGUCAUGUUCUUCGAACAGUUCUGUAUAUAUUUGGUAAUAUGUGUCCUGUGUGUCAUUGUACAUUUUGCACUGAUUGGAAAUCCUGUACUCUAAGCAUUAUUGACAAGUCCCAGAGAUCUGUAACUAGAAUUUGUCUGUGAAGAAUACAACAUCUCUUCUACCCUG